CCCUGACCUUUCCUUCUUCCUUCCCCUUUUUCUAUUGCAAAUUUUAAAUUAUCGUAUAAAAAAUAAAAUAAAUUUCGCUGUUCCUUGUUGGGUUCGCUCUGGAUCUAGGGUUCUUUUAAUUUUCCUUCCUUCACCCCGGAUCCAAUCAAUCUCACAGCUUUCUCCCUCUAUCUCUUCUGUCUCCCCUCUCUCUCUCACUGUCUUCCCUUCACUUUCCUUAGAUCGAAGCCAGGGGAGAAAGAAAUCGUCACCAUCAUCGUCCUCCUCGAAUUGGCCGAAUUCUUCUCUCUGAAAAUCGAAUUCCUGUGCCUCAGAGGUUUUUCGAAUUUUCUGCUGCUGGCCUGAAAUUUCACUCGCCUUCGAUCAGUUGAUCGGAGGCAAUGGCUGAGUCCGGUAUCGGGGUUACUUGUGAUCAAGCUAGGAUAGUGAGCACUCUGCAGUGUGUUUGAACCCUUCUUAAUGAGUUAGGUGAUGGAAGCAUAGGUGUACCGAGUAAAAGUCAUAUUUUCAGAAAGCCAUGGGGACUGAGAAUCCUGGCCGUCCAAGUUUUCCUGCCACGCCUUUUGCUGCUGCUCCUCCAACGAUGACCCCAUUUUCCAAUUCUGGCUCAGUGGUUGGAUCAGAGGCCUCUAACUUGAGACCGAUGCGGCCAACUGUUCCGCCAAAUACUUCGCCACCUAUGACUGCUGGACCUGCAGGUUCUGGGGAGUCACCUGCCUUCAGACCUGCACCACCAACUCGUUUCAAUGAUCCCUCCUUGCCCACCCCACCUUCAUCAUAUGGCCCCCCUGCUGCUGGAACAUUCAACCGCUUUCCAACUCCACCAUUUGGAUCUAUGCCACCAGGUCCUCCUGCGCGUGCUCCGGUGGUAGGCCAGCCACCAUUCCAGCCCCCUCCCAGUCAAGUAUCACCUCCUCUGUCCUUUCGUCCACAGGGGCAGAUUCCAGGAGUGCCUAUGGGAUCUCCUCCACCUGGUGUGAACACUCCUCAGAUAGAUUCAUCAUUUCCUGCAUCAAGGCCAAAUUUUCAGCCAUCUUUUCCCCCUACGGUUUCCGGUUACCCUGCAGCUGGAGCCUCUUCGCAACUGCCUUUACCUGGAUAUGUAAAGCAGUCAAAUGCACCUUUUCAAGCUCCACAAGGUCCUCCUGUACAGUCGCCCUUCCAAUCUCCGCCUGUAGGUUAUGCGCCUUCUGCACCAACUCCAUCCCCACAUUUUCUUUCUCAACAAGGUGGUCUAGCUCAAGCUCCACCAGUUGCAUCUCCAUAUGGCUUGCAUUCCAGGGACCAAAUUCAACAUCCAAGCACCAUGCCUCCUAUGGGCGCUAUGCAAGGUUUGAUAGAAGAUUUCAGCUCACUCUCUAUUGGGUCUGUUCCAGGAUCAAUUGAUCCUGGAGUUGACUCUAAGUCACUGCCGAGACCAUUGGAGGGUGAUGUGGAGCCCAAUUCAUUACCUGAGGGAUAUUCAUUGAAUUGCAAUCCAAGAUAUCUUCGACUUACAACAAAUGCUAUUCCGAAUUCGCAGUCUUUAGUCUCACGGUGGCAUUUGCCUCUUGGUGCAGUUGUUUGUCCUCUCGCUCAAGCACCUGAAGGGGAGGAGGUGUCAGUACUAAACUUCGUUUCAUCUGGGAUAAUUCGGUGCAGACGAUGUCGUACGUAUGUAAAUCCCUUCGUAACAUUUACGGAUUCUGGGAGGAAGUGGCGUUGCAACAUCUGUGCUCUACUUAAUGAUGUUCCUGGAGAUUAUUUUGCCCAUCUAGAUGCCACGGGAAGAAGAGUUGAUCUGGAUCAAAGACCCGAGCUUACGAAGGGCAGCGUGGAAUUUGUUGCUCCUACUGAGUAUAUGGUGCGGCCUCCAAUGCCGCCCCUGUACUUCUUCCUCAUUGAUGUAUCGAUUUCUUCUGUCAGAAGUGGUAUGAUUGAGGUCGUAGCGAAGACUAUAAAGUCUUGUUUGGAUGAUCUUCCUGGAUUUCCCAGAACACAGAUAGGGUUUAUCACCUAUGACAGCACAGUACACUUCUACAACAUGAAGGCAAGUGAUGAAUUGUCAUAUGAAAUAUCAUCCUUGACACAGCCUCAGAUGAUGGUCGUUUCUGAUCUUGAUGACAUAUUUAUUCCGCUACCUGAUGAUCUCCUUGUCAAUUUGUCUGAAUCAAGAACCGUGGUGGAAGCAUUUCUAGAUAGCUUGCCCACAAUGUUCCAGGACAACCUGAAUAUGGAAUCUGCUUUUGGUCCGGCUCUGAAAGCUGCAUUCAUGGUUAUGAGUCAACUUGGUGGAAAGCUUCUAAUAUUUCAGAACACAAUGCCAUCUCUUGGUGUUGGUCGCUUGAAAUUGCGGGGAGAUGAUCCACGCGCAUAUGGAACAGAUAAGGAGUAUUCUUUACGUGUACCAGAGGAUCCAUUUUACAAACAAAUGGCUGCGGAUUUUACCAAGUUCCAGAUAGGAGUCAAUGUUUAUGCCUUCAGUGACAAGUAUAGUGAUUUAGCUUCCAUAGGAACCCUUGCUAAGUAUACUGGCGGACAGUUAUAUUACUAUCCAAGUUUCCAAGCUGCUAAUCAUUCAGAGAAAUUGAGUCAUGAGUUGACCAGAGACCUCACUAGAGAAACUGCAUGGGAGGCUGUAAUGCGCAUAAGAUGCGGCAAAGGAAUUAGGUUUACAUCCUACCAUGGGAACUUCAUGUUAAGGUCCACGGAUCUAGUGGCUCUUCCAGCAGUUGAUUGUGACAAGGCAUAUGCAAUGCAGUUAUCACUCGAGGAGACAUUACUGACAAAUCAGACUGUAUAUUUUCAAGUUGCUUUGCUGUAUACUGCUUCUUGUGGAGAGAGGCGUAUAAGAGUACACACAGCUGCUGCCCCAGUUGUCUCAGAUUUGGGGGAGAUGUAUCGUCAGGCUGACACUGGUGCUAUUGUUUCUAUGCUUAGUCGCCUAGCAAUUGAGAAAACCAUGUCCAGUAAACUGGAGGAUGUUCGGAGUAACGUACAUCUGAGGAUUGUCAAAGCUCUCAGGGAGUACCGAAAUCUUUAUGCUGUACAGCAUCGGUUAGGAGGUCGGCUGAUAUACCCAGAGUCUUUGAAGUUCUUACCAUUGUAUGGAUUGGCCCUCUGUAAAUCAACACCGCUCCGAGGAGGAUAUUCGGAUGUUCCACUUGAUGAGCGAUGUGCUGCAGGAUUUACAAUGAUGGCUUUACCUGUUAAAAAUUUAUUAAAACUUUUGUAUCCCAGCUUAGUUCAACUAGAUGACUAUCUCUUAAAGCCAUCUGCGAGUGCCGAUGAGUUUAGAAAGGUAAUGAAGAGGUUGCCCCUGACAGCAGACAGCCUCGAUUCUAGAGGCCUUUAUGUAUAUGAUGAUGGCCUUCAGAUUGUUCUAUGGUUUGGAAGAAUGCUAUCACCAGAUAUAGCUAUGAAUCUACUGGGGCCAGAUGCUGCAGCUGAACUAUCAAGGGUCACACUCGUGGAGCGUGAAACAGAAAUGUCAAGAAGGCUAAUGGGAUUGCUUAAAAAGUCGAGGGAGAGCGAUCCAUCGUACCAUCAGCUGUGUCAUCUUGUGAGGCAAGGAGAGCAGCCCAGAGAAGGCUUUAUGGUGCUCACAAAAUUAGUGGAGGACCAGACAGGUGGGACGAAUGGUUAUGUUGACUGGUUGAUCCAACUACAUCGGCAGGUCCAACAAAAUGCGUAAUACAUCAUCGACAUGCAUGUACGCAGCAUUUUGGUCUGUUGGCUUCAGAAGUACACUACACAGAUGCAGUGUGGACGGGGAGACGGUCUUCAUUUGUAAAAGAAUACAGAAUAACUACGUUUCUGCCGCCGAAACGUGGGCUGAACGCACUGCGAAAGAGCCAUGGUACACCACUGAACAACAAGAAAUGAAAAGAGGCAAAUUCAUUUGGGGCAAUGCCGCUACCAUGAGGAUUCAAUAAUAUAUUUAUUUGCAUUUGGGGCAUGUUCUUUUGGUCGCGGGUGCCACAAUUUUCAAGUUGAUACAAAAGCAAUGCAGAUUCUGGAAAAAAAGAUAAGGAAAUUUUUGCAUGUGUAGUUUUGCCUGGCACAUUAUAAGUCGUCGUUUGGUUGAUUAUUCAUGUGAAGAACUUUAGGCAUAUUUGGUUUUGAGCCCGUAGAGGCGUUUAGUUGGCGUUAUGUCUCUACGCAUCGUGGAAUUCUGUUGAUAGCUUGAUAGUUUUGAGUAUUGUACCAAUACCUUAGCCAUUUGUUCGAAAAUAUUGCUCGAACUUGUUGCUCAGUUUUCGAGAAGUGGUAACUUGCUUCAUUUUGUUGUCUGAAGCUUUUUUCUUUUUUCUGAUUGACUGAUUCUGAAUGGAAGGAUUGAGUUUCAUUGCUAGAGAUCCAGGCACUACA